AGUCCCGGCCGCGGUGCGCAGCGGCGAUGGCGGGCGAGUGGGGCCCGGCGGAGCAGUGGCGCGCGGCGCUGCCGCAGCACGCGGUGCUGAGCCGCCUCCGCGAGCGCCUGGCGCCCUCCGCCUCGGGCGCGGAGCGGCCACCCCUGAGCCGCGGGCUCCUCUGCGGGCUCGGGACCGACCUGCUGCUCUGGGACGGCGAGAGGGGCGCCCUCCGCGCCAUCGGCCUCCGCCGCCUCGGCGGGAGCGACCCCGCCGCCCUCAGCCGGUACCAGACCCUUCUCUGCAUCAACCCCCCUCUGUUUGAGGUUUAUCAGACGCUGUUAAGCCCCGUGCAACAUCAUGUGGCGCUCAUCGGCACGAAGGGGCUCAUGGUGCUGGAGCUGCCUAAACGCUGGGGGAAGAAUUCCGAGUUUGAAGGCGGGAAAUCCACAGUGAACUGUAGGACUGUUCCUAUUGCAGAAAGGUUCUUCACAAGCUCAACAUCUCUGACUUUAAAGCAUGCUGCCUGGUAUCCCUGUGAGACAUCAGAGCCCCAUAUCGUGCUCCUCACUUCAGAUAACACUAUAAGGUUUUACAAUCUGAAGGUGCCUCAGACACCGGUCAAAGUGAUUGCUCUUUCAGACACCGAGGAGGAGACAUUAACGAUCAAAAAAGGGAGAGCCUACACAGCAUCACUGGGAGAGACUGCCGUGGCAUUUGACUUCGGCCCGCUGGUGCCGGUCCCAAAGAGCAUUCUUGGCCAGCGAGGGAGUGAAGAAGUGCUGGCCUUUCCGCUCUACAUAUUGUAUGAAAAUGGAGAGACGUUCCUCACCUAUAUCAGCCUCCCGCAGAGCACCGGCAACCUUGGCAAGCUGCUGGGCCCGCUGCCCAUGCACCCUGCGGCAGAGGACAACUACGGCUACGACGCCUGUGCUGUCCUGUGCCUGCCUUGCGUUCCUAACAUCCUGGUGAUUGCCACCGAGUCCGGAAUGCUCUAUCACUGUGUGGUACUGGAUGGGGAGGAGGAUGAUGAGCAGUCAGAAAAGUCAUGGGACCCAAGAGCCGAUCUUAUUCCUUCCUUGUACGUAUUUGAAUGUGUUGAGCUGGAACUUGCACUGAAACUGGCAUCAGGAGAUGAGGAGGAGCCUCUGGAGUCUGAUUUUUCUUGCCCAAUCAAACUUCAUCGAGAUCCAAAAUGCCCCUCUCGGUACCACUGCACCCACGAAGCUGGUGUCCACAGCGUGGGGCUGACCUGGAUCGACAAACUGCACAAAUUCCUCGGUUCAGAUGAAGAAGACAAAGACAGCUUACAGGAGUUGGGAGCAGAACAGAAAUGCUUUGUUGAACAUAUUCUAUGUACAAAACCAUUGCCAUGCAGGCAACCUGCUCCCAUCAGAGGAUUUUGGAUCGUUUCUGACAUCCUGGGGCCCACAAUGAUCUGCAUCACAAACACUUAUGAGUGCAUUACGAGGCCUCUCUUGAGUGCAGUCCAUCCUGCGUCCCCUCCCCUGCUGUGCACCAGAGAUGACAAAGAUGAUGCCGUUUCCCCUCUCCGUGUCCUGGCUGAGUCAAAGCAUUCAUUUGAGAAGCACAUCCGAAACAUCCUGCAGCGCAGUUCUGCCAAUCCCGCGCUUUUGAAAUCUGCUGAUAAGGACGCCGCUCCUCCCCCUGAAGAAUGCCUUCAGCUUCUCAGCAGAGCCACGCAGGUGUUCAGGGAAGAAUACAUCCUUAAACAAGACCUGGCAAAGGAGGAAAUCCAGCAAAGAGUGAAACUGCUGUGGGGACAGAAAAAGAAACAACUGGAAGAUCUUAAUUACUAUCGAGAGGAAAGGAAAAGUUUGCGGGAAAUGGCGGAGCGCUUGGCUGACAAGUACGAGGAGGCCAAGGAGAAGCAAGAGGACAUCAUGAACAGGAUGAAGAAAGUUCUCCGGAGUUUCUACUCUCUGCUUCCUGUUCUAUCAGACAGCGAAAAAGACAUGAAGAAGGAAUUGCAGACGAUCCAUGACCAGCUACAGCACCUGAGCAACGCCAUCAGACAGGUUAAGAUGAAGAAGGAAUACCAGCAGCAGAAGAUGGAGAAGGGCAGCAGUCCCCGCCAGCGCAGCAUCAGCCUCAGCGCCUACCAGAGCAAGUGUAUCCAAACCGUCCUGAAGGAGGAGGGAGAACACAUCAGGGAGAUGGUGAAACAGCUCAAUGACAUCAGAAGCCAUGUGAACUUCUGACGUGGCCACAGUGAGGAACCCGCACCCGUGAGGCUGGAUGAGCUUUAAUUUCCCUUGGCCCUUUCCCCUUGUACAUUUAACAUUUCUACGCUGAACAAUAGCCCUUUUGCUUAUUAUUUUGUAAAGAAGGACUGAAAUAAAAUACUUUUGAUAAGACGCCUUACAUGCCGAG